GCAAUUCUACUUUGAUUACUCAAGAAUGUACAUCCAAAGCUAAUUUCAACUCUGUACAUCUCUGUGAAGCUCCCGGAAUCAUUACAUAUCACUAAAUCAUCGUAACUUAAAUUUCGACUGGUUGGCCAUGACACUUAACCCGUACCACGAAUCCAAUGGCCAACCUGAAAUUAUUACUGAUGACCGCUUAAUAUUAAACACAUUAGACAAAUGGGAAUUCGGUCCGGACUAUACUGGUGACAUAUUUCAACCGAAGUAUCACGAACACUUAUUGCAAACGGUUUCUAAAAGAUUUAUAAACAGCGUAAGUUUGGUAACGGCCGAUGGAAGUAUAGAUUGUCAAAAUAAUCCAGAUGAACAAGAAUGUACUGUCAUGCGUUUACAUAAUUAUGAGGUAAUGGUAGGUUUGAACAUAUUAAAAGACAGAGGAUCAUUUGUAUUAAAAACGUUUACGAUAUUCGAAUGUAACACAAUUUGUAGAAUAUAUUUGCUUUGUUGUCUAUUUAAAUCUGUCGAAAUUCAGAAACCAGCCACCAGUAAGUCCGGAAAUUCAGAAAUAUAUAUCGUAUGCAAAGAUUACAAAGGUAGAAAAUUUGCAGAGCCUUUCAUUCAGUCGUUUUUUGAAAGUGAAAACCACGAAAACGCAAUGUUUCCUCUUAGACAAAUACCCAGGACUUUUAUUAACGAAAUAUUCAAGUGUUCAAGUUAUUUUUCCAACUUACAAAUAAGAACUAUCGAGAGAAACAUUAGGUCGUGGUUUUUAAAGGCCGAGUAUUAUAAUGAAAUGAAGGAAAUUCAAAGUUAUGUGUGCAAAGAGUUUAUCAAAAGGUACAAUUUAAAACCGAUUCGUGAAGACCAAACUCUUAUAUCAAAAAACGUAUCCAAAAAGUAUAAUAAGAAGAAAUUUGACGUCUCGUACGCGGAAAAGAUGAGCCGUCGAGACUUAAGCCUUAGAGAAGAAGCUGAAAUAUUGUACAAGGACAUGAUAAAAUUUUGUAAUUUAGAAAAUAAUAUAUGGAAUAAAAAAUUAACUGUACGAUGUAAAAAAUCUAAUAUUGAUGUGUCACAGGUAAAAUUUUGUAUGGGAAAGCCAGUAACGAAAGUACGUGGAUCAAAAUUUUGCGAUGGGUCGUUACUUGAGUGUAGAAAUAAGAUAAUAGAUAAAUUUCCUUACGUCGAAAGAACUGCUGAUAAAAAAACUCGAUCUUCGUAUUUUAAAUCUCAAUUGAAAAACUAUAAAUCAGAUACAACAANUUUAAAUCUCAAUUGA